CACAGCAGCAUGAACUGGCCUGAGUGAAGUCUGACAGCAACUUCAAGAAAAGGAAAUGGUGUUUUCUUAACAUAUUUAACCUGAGGGCUACAUGUCGGAGAGACUCCAUCCUCCCUGACCCCUACAGAUCUGAGAGACAUUGAGCUGAUAGUGCUGCAGCUCAGGGAGGAAAAAGAAGACGCAAAAUGGAGAACAGCCCAGGGAUGAAAGAGAGCUGUGCACUGUCAGAGGUCAGGAUCAUCCUAAUUGGUGGGCGAUGGUCUGGCAAGAGCUCGUCUGGCAACACCAUCCUGAGGAGGGAAAGGUUUGAGUGUGGCAGAACCAGAACAGCUCAGUCUGAACUGAGGCAUGAAGAGGUGGAGGGGAGGGAGCUUACUGUGGUUGAUGCCCCAGGAUGGAGCAGCUCCCUCUCCCUUACUGAGAUCCCAGAGGGGGACAAACAGGCGUUUAAGCUCAAUGUGUCCAAAUGCCCUCCGGGGCCCCACGCUUUUCUGCUCGUGACUGCUUUAGACUCAGCUUUCUCCAUGGAGGAGAGAAGACCCCUGGAGCACCACAUGAAACUCCUGGGAGAGAGGGUCUGGAGACACACCAUGGUGCUGUUCACUUGUGGGGAUUACCUCGGGAAAAAGACCAUAGAGCAGCACAUUGAGAACGAGGGAGAGGCACUCAAGUGGUUGGUGAACAAGUGUGGGAACAGGUACCAUGUUUUUAAUAACAAAGAUAAAGGUGACUCAUCGCAGGUCAUGCUGCUGCUGGAGAAGAUAGAUGAGAUGGUGUGGCACAACAAUGGCGGCUACUAUUGCCUAGACGAACGAAUUUUUCACAUCAUCCAAGAGAAGCAACGGGAGGCCGCUGAGAGGGCAGAUAAGAGACGGAAGAGGGCAGAAGAGCAAAGACAACAAAUGAAACCAAUAAUUUUAGCAGACCCAAAGCCAAUUCCAGAUCUCAGGAUAGUUUUGUUGGGAAGUCGAAACGUCGGGAAAACCUCAAUGGGGAACACCAUCUUAGGAAUCAAAGAGCAAGAAAGUGGGAAGAGAACUAUCCACUCAGCAGUCAGGCGGGGUUAUGUGAACGAAACUGCUGUAAUUCUGGUGGACACACCUGGUUGGUGGAAAGGCUUCUCAGUUUCUGACACGACGGAAACAAUCAAACAGGAAGUUAUGAGCAGCAUGUUUCUGUGCCGCCCUGGACCCCAUGUGUUCCUGCUGGUGAUAGAUGCAGACGCGUCCUUUAAUGAAAGGCACAGAGAUGCAGCGACAGGACACCUGGAGCUCCUUGGGGAAGAUGUGUGGAAACACACCAUUGCAGUUUUCACCCGAGGUGACUGGCUGGGAGCGAAGACCAUUGAAGAGUACAUUGAAGGGGAGGGAGAGGCCCUGCGGUCUCUCGUCGACAAAUGUGGCAAUAGAUACCACGUCAUUGACAAUAAGAACAAAGAUGACGGUACACAGGUCACAGAGUUGCUGGAGAAGAUCAGUGAAGUUGUCGCUGGAAAUGGCUGGAACCAUUUCGUCCCAGAUGAACAGAUUAUUCAGAGCAUUGAGGAGAGAAGACAGAGGGUGGAAGAAACAACUAGACAGAGGCAAAACAAAGUCAAUGCCAGAAGGCAAAAUCGUCAAGGUUCCAGGAACAAAUUACAAGAGCUUAAGUUACUGAUACUUGGCCAAAAGACAGUUGGGAAGAGUGCAACAGGAAAUAUUCUCCUGCGCAAAGAAAUCUUUGCCACUUGUGCGAAUGAACGUUGUCAAGAGGGUAAAGGGGAAGUUGAUGGCAGACAGGUCACAGUGAUCGACACCCCAGGCUGGUGGAAGAAUUCCUCCCAAUGCACUGAAGACAUGGACCAAGAAAUAGUCAGGGGUUUGUCUCUUUGCCCAUCAGGAGCUCACGCUGUUUUGUUGGUCGUUCCUUUGGAUGUGAGAUUCACAGACAGUCAGUGGAGAGCCGUGGAGGAGCACAUGAGCCUGUUUGAUGCCACUGUCUGGAAACACACGCUGGUGGUGUUCACCUAUGGAGACAUGCUGGCAGACAAAUCCAUAGAGGAGCACAUUGAGAAUGAGAGAUACCCGCUGCAGUGGUUGGUAGACAAAUGUGAGAACAAGUACCAUGUGCUCAACAAUACAAAGAAAAAGGAUACGAGCCAGAUUACCGAGCUGUUUGAGAAGAUAGAGGAGAUGGUUGCAGAGAACAGCGGCCGGCUCUUCUGCCCCGACAUGAGUGACAUCCACCGGAGAGUUGAGGAGAAGUUCAGGAGGAGGGAGAUCAAGCAAGUCCUGAAGCAGCGUCUGGAGCAAGAGUACAGGAGAAGAGAGCUAGAGCUGCUGACAGGGUUCAAGCAAACGCUCAUCAGUCUGCAAACUGAGAUGAAACAGAAAUCACUGAUGGGUGACAAGACCAAAAUUAAAGCCAUAAGCAUUGGCCAGAGGAAGAAGGAUGAGAAAGAGAAAGAGGAAAAGAUCGCAACGAAAAUCAGCCAGGAGAUAGAAAAACUGGAUAAGGAGAUACUGAAAUCCACAACUUUUCUGCGGAAUAGCAUAGACUUCUUGAUCCCAACAAUGAGUGAAGACCCCCAAACAACAUCUGUCGCUGGAUCCUCACUGGACAGUCAAAACCCAAGCAGCAACUUGGACAAGGUGCUGGGCUGGCUGUCCACACUCCAGAUCGGCAGGAAUGUGGAGAACCAGCUGACACUCAGCUUCUCUGAGACGUCAGGGUACAGAUCCCUGCUGGCGGACCACUUUGCUCUGAACAGAGACGAUGAUGAACUGGAGUGAAAUGAGACGUCAUUCUCUUUUUGUUGUCUC